GACAAGGGAAAAAGACACAAGAAAAGAACGCAGGCCGUUUUCGCUCGUCGGAAGAGAGAACAAAAAUCGGAACUGCGAUCAAAUUAUAAUUUCGAAGGAGCGAAGGUAGAGUGAAAAUGGCGGAUGAGGAAGGCGAGCGGAGAGCACCAGAAAUUGCGUCAACUCCGUCGCUACAACCUAAUUUCAGACCUAAACCUAAAGGAGUCACUCAUGAGCAGCUCUCUAAAUUUCAGUUGAAUUAUUUGGGACAAUUUCCUUAGUGCUUCCGACCCUCUUUGAAUAUCUCUGUUUGCAAUUGAGUCUGCUAGCUUUCGGCCCCAUUUCUAUGGGAGGAGCUGAACUUAAUUUGGAGCUUCACAGGAGGCGACUUCAGAUAAAAUCAAGGUCAAAGAUAAGAAAGAAUACAAAAGGUUUGACUGGAAAAUCUCAAAUCAAGGAUUUGAAUACUAUCGAUGAAGUUAAUGAAGCUGAACACUCGAGACUUUCCAAUUCUGAUGUCGAUUUUGGGGAAAAGAGCUCCCAUGUUCAGCGAGAUAACACGACAACUACACUUCCAUCCAAAAGGCUACACAAGUUACAUUGGGGGCUUGACACCAAGGAACCAUGGGAAAGGAAGGCAAACAUGUAAACAAAAUGUAUACCCGUAGAUGAAGUGCCGAUGGAACUUGAAUGAUAGGGGGAACUCAAAAGGUACUUUUCUGAACUAUCCAAGUCUGAUUUUAGGUAGCUUUUUUCUGUUAAAAUGGUGAUGAGCUUGACAUGUUCAAUUCACAAAUGUUGGUUUGAUUUGACAUACCACAAUGGAUAGAAUGACAAAAAGAAAUGACGAACUAAACAAGAUGAAAUAAAAUGGAACCGACAACAUAUUGAUUUGGUCUUUU